CGAUUCUUCCUUUUCAAUCAACUUCUCGUUUACAUUUCUUAUAAACGUCUAUCUCCACACGAAAACAACCUUUCGAGUCUUUCUCCCCACAUCCACCAUGUCUCUCUUCGAGCGCACUACAAGAGAGUGCCCAACUCGCCCCCCGCGACUCCAGCCGUCGCCUUCCCUUCCAAAUUUACGGUGAGCUUCGGAUUUUCCUAGUAGGGUGUUCGAUAUUGAAAUAUCGCUCACUCCUUGCCAGACCAAGUCCGCGAGAGAUGGUUGCCUCUCGCCACGUGGUUCCCCCGCAAUCGAACUUGCGUAACUCUGCUUCCCCAAUACCCCCGCAGCCCUCCAGCAUCAACGAUGGCAGCUCAUGUCGUCCAAAGACUUAUUCCAGGAAGACCCCGGCCACGAGUGACUACCUCACACCACCCCUUACGCCUUCGUCCUCCCUCCGGAGUGAUAGCACCGACCAUGAAUCCACUGAUCUCAACCUUCCCAUUGCUGACUUUAAGGGUCUCACCCUCGCCGACUCCGGUCCCGAAAGCAAUCAGCACAGCAGGUUUUUGAUCAUCGGAAAUGCGCCCAGCGAUCUAUCUGAGGAUGUGAUCGGUCAAUAUUUCAAGAGCCUUUCAUCUCCCAGCGUCACUACCCCCAGGGCGUGGCCUACGCCCUCUACUACGCGUCGCUUUUCGACUAAACCGAUACAAAAUAUUUUCCGUAGGAGUCCGGAAAAUCGGGAUUUUAUAGUCGCAUUUUAUGACAUACGCGAUGCUGAACGCGCCAAGCGCAUCAUUGAGUCAAGGGCAUCUAAAUGGCUGCAAGAUGAUGGUACAAAAGCCGUCCCGAGCGCGCAAGCUAAUGGUGUUACUUGGGAAGAGGCGUUAACAUGCUGUCUUGCGGAAUCGGGUCAUUGCGCAGAGCUUCUGGGUACCUUGUCUCCCGCGUUUAUGACACGGACGGAGGGCACGUUUUUCAUAUCUGUUAAUGACACUUCGCCCACUCGGGAUUUUUCCGCUUCUCGUAUUCGAACUCGGAGGCAUUUUGCUAUUCCGGUCAGAGUCAGGAGUGUGUUGGAAAAAUACGGGGAUGUCAAGGCCUUCAACCGCAUUAACGAAGACAAAGAGAGCUCUACUCAGAUUUUCGUAGCGGAAUAUUUUGAUGUCCGAGAUGCGGACGCAGCUUGGGGCGAGCUGGAGGGACAUGUCGUGGACAAUAUGAAACUUAGUCUUUUCAGCAGGUCAUCCUUACGCGAUAAUUCCUUGGAAGUUCAGAAGGAACCCUCGUCAUUUAGCAGAGAACGCGAAAUCGGGGGCGAACACGCCGCGGAGCCGAAGACACCCACGGCGACCACUUAUUUAUCGCAAGCCACGUCUAACUCGGCUGGCAUUCCAUUUCCCGUCUUGAAUGACGUCGGUUCAGGUGGAUAUUACCAAGAACAAACAUAUCCACAGCAGGGCCUCACGAUCUUCACUCAGUCCAUCCUUCUCACAGCCGCGGCGCAUCGACUGAGAUCAACAACGAUAACUUCGUCGCUCCAGGACAGUACGGAAGGCGCAGCUCCAAUUACCUGCUAUUCGACUCUACUCGCGGUCGUCCUCAUCAGACGUUGUUUGAUGCGGAUAAUCACCGAAAGCAUAGCAUGUAUGACCACGAGCAAGAAGUCGGCGAUAGUUCCGGCCUAGCAGCGACGGGCACGGCGCCGCCCCUGGGAACGUACUAUUCGCCCGAAUAUUAUCAUGGCGCUCCAUUCGAUGUAAACCCCGUACAGCCACCUUGGGUAUCAUCAUCCCCAGUCCCGAACCC